CAAGAAAAGAAUUUGCCCCUUAGCUGCUCAUUAUCGCCGUCUAAUCCGUAUUGUCAAAAUGUACAAGCUGUAUUUCUUCGCUCGCUUUGGGCAUUUGUACUUGGAUAUCCUUGUCCUUAGGUGAUCAGCCGCCAGCGCAGCUUCUUUCUACCCCACCAACAGCACCAACAUUGUUGUUCGCUGCUGCCCGCUAUAAAUCCAGCCUUACCAGCUGCUGUUAGGCUUCGUCGCAACUUGACGCAAUUUAAGCCCUAAAUAGUAUUGUUAAUCGCCAGCCUCAGUCUGUUGCUGUGCCAGUGUCGCCAAAGCGACGGACAGCAAACAUAAUCACCAGUCAUGUCUUAUCAAGGUUACCCCCCGUAUGGUGGCCAACCUCCACCGCCUCUAGGCGCCUACUAUGGCCAGCCGCCUCCACAAGGCCAAUAUCCUCCUCCUGGCCAAUAUCCUUCCCAGCAAUAUCAUCAACCACCUCCUGGGCAAUACCCACCACCACAACACGGCUAUCCUCAACAGCAACCUUACGGUCAACCCCCUCAAGGCUACGGGCAACCUCCUCCACAAGGGUACGGCCACCCACCACACCAACAGUCCUUUCCGCCUCCAGGUCCCUAUGGACAGCAACCAUUACAGCAGUAUGGCGCACCGCCGCCUCAACAACAAUUUUAUCCGCCGACACCACCUUCAUUAGGCUACGGCCCGCCACAGUCAAUAAAUUGGGAUCCUAACCCCGAUGCGGACGGGCUCCGCAAGGCGAUGAAGGGGUUUGGCACCGACGAGAAGGCCCUCAUACGCAUCCUCUCCAAUAAAGACCCGCUGCAGGUCGACGCCAUCCGCAUCGCAUUCCAUCGCAUGCACAACCGCGACCUAAUCAAAGACAUCAAAUCCGAGACGAGCAGGUACUUUGAGGAUGGGCUGGUGGCUCUGGCGCAAGGCCCGCUCCUGCACGACGUUCACCUCCUGCGCAGUGCGCUCUCGGGGCCGGGGACAAAGGAAAAAGUCCUCAACGACGUGUUGCUGGGCAGGUCCAACGCCGACAUGCACGCCAUCAAGCGCAAAUACAUGGAGGUGUUCCAGCGGCGGCUCGAGGAAGACGUGCGCGGCGACUUGAGCAUGAAAACGGAGCGGCACUUUGACAUGGUGAUGCAGGCCACGAGGGCGGAGGACUCGGCACCUGUCGACCCCGGCGCGACGCAGCGCGACGUGCAGACCCUGUACGAUGCAACCGAGGGCAAGAUUGGAGCAGAUCAAAUCGUGGUAUGCAGCAUCAUGAGCAUGAGGAACGAUAAUCAGAUCCGCGACAUUGCCGUUCAGUACCAGAAUAAAUAUGGACGCAGCUUGGAGGAGGUGUUUCGCAAGGAGUUCUCCGGCCACAUGGAAGAUGCGCUGCAGUUCCAGCUGCGCCACGCAUUGGACAAAUACAUGCACCAAGCAGCGCUACUCGAAGAUGCCAUGGCCGGCCUCGGCACCAAGGACCAUUUGUUGGUCGCACGUGUGGUACGCUCGCACUGGGACCGCCAGAACCUGGCCAACGUCAAAAUCGCAUACGAGAAGCGGUACGGAACAUCUUUGGCAAAGAGGAUCAAGGGCGAAACAAGCGGCGACUACCAGCGUCUGAUGCUGGCCUGUAUCGGCGAAGGCAGUCUGUGAUGAGUUGUUGUGGCCGCACGACUGAUGGAUAAGAAAAAUGAGAGCUCAUUGUAGAGGGACCAAAAUCUGAAAGUUCCCGAUAGGAAAUCCAGGUUCAGGAGCGCGUGACUGUUUCGUCGAUCUUGUCUUCUUACGAUUCAAGUUUCAGCUUUAACCAUGUUUCUUUUCCGCUAAAGUAUUCUGUAUAAUGGAUCUUCAAAGGGGUUAGUACUCAGGGGGCACGGGUUUGCUGAGAAAGUGGGGAUGCGAGUAUUGUCUAGCGCUUUAUCAUGGAUAGUACUUAAUUUUAACGACGACGCUUAGAACGA